GAGCGGCCCGGCACCUCGGGCUGGGCUGCGGGCUGGGGGUGGGAGCCAUGGACUCGGCGCCAGCCUUUGCCAUGGACAAGCCGUUCGCCCCCGGCGCCGUGCGCGGCCCGGAGCCGCCCGAAAACGCUCAAAGCCGGAAAAACUUCAGCGUGAGCCACCUCCUCGACCUGGAGGAGGUGGCGGCCGGUAUGAACGGGACUCCCGCGGCCGGUCCCCCGCCCGCCGGUGGCGGCAAGGCCAUCCCGGAGCCGUCGGGAGGCAGCAGCGGCAGCGAGGCAGCGCCCCAGGACGGAGAGAGCCUGAGCCCAAGCUGCGGGGCAGCCAAGAGGAAGAAGAAGCAGAGGAGGAACCGCACCACCUUCAACAGCAGCCAGCUGCAGGCUCUGGAGAGGGUCUUUGAGAGGACGCACUACCCCGACGCCUUCGUGCGGGAGGAGCUGGCCAGAAGGGUCAACCUCAGCGAGGCCAGAGUCCAGGUGUGGUUUCAGAACCGGAGGGCCAAGUUCCGGCGUAACGAGAGGGCGAUGCUGGCCAACAGAUCAGCAUCACUGCUCAAAUCCUACAGCCAGGAAGCAGCCAUUGAGCAGCCCAUGGCACCACGACCCACUGCACUGACCCCUGAGUAUCUCUCGUGGACCAGCACCUCCCCGUACAGCACUGUGCCCUCCUACAGCUCCAGCGGGACCGCAACGCCCACCCAAGGGGUGAACAUGGCCAACAGCAUCGCCAGCCUGCGCCUCAAGGCCAAAGAGUUCAGCCUCCAUCAGAACCAGGUGCCGACCGUGAACUGAGCAGGGCAAA